AUGGAUUUCAUUGAGGGACUAACUAAAUCUCAAUUAAAGUCUGUAAUAUUGGUGGUUGUGGAUAGGUUGGCUAAGUAUGUUCACUUCAUUGCAUUAUCCCAUCCUUACACUGCAUCCAAGGUUGCUUCUGUUUAUAUGCAAUUUGUGUUUAAACUCCCUGGUAUGCCAGCUUCUGUGUUGAGUGACAGAGAUUCCCAUCUUUACUUCUCAUUUUUGGAGGGAAUUAAUGAAGAUUCAAGGGCAGCUAAACCCACUGCUUGGGUGGAAUGGUUGCCCUUGGCUGAGUUUUGGUUUAACACCAAUUUUCAUUCUUCAACCAAGAUUACUCCCUUUGAAGCAUUAUAUGGAUAUCCCCCUCCUAGGAUAUUGGAUUACAUCCCUGGCACCACUAUGGUAGAAGCUGUUGAAGAUCACUUGCAAAGUAGGCAGCAGAGGUCUUUGAAGCCUAAUGCUCUUGGUAAGCUCUCCCCAAAGUUCUAUAGGCCCUUUCAAGUGCUACACAGGGUUGGGGAAGUAGCUUACAAACUGGCCUUACCAGCUGAUUCCUUAAUCCACCCUGUUUUCCAUGUCUCCAGUCUCAAGGCUAAGUUGGGACAGCAGGUUACUCCUAUUUCUCAAUUGCCUUCUGUCUCACCUAAAGGUAUUCCUAUGCUUGAACCUGAGGCAAUCUUGAAAAGCAGGUCAAUCAAGCUGAGAAGCAAGACCAUCACCUAG